CCACACUUCCUUCCCCAACUUCCCCUCAUUCCUCUCCUCACGCAGACAUGCCGGACUCGACCAGCCAGACAGUAGAAAAGUCGCAAUCCAAGUCCAAGAGUCAUGGCUCUUCCCAGGCUCAGCCCGCUCCUCGCAAGGUCAGGUUCAAUGUCGGCACGCAGUACCAGGUCCUCGACGUCGUAGGCGAGGGCGCAUAUGGCAUCGUCUGUUCGGCCGUGCACCGGCCAAGUGGCCGCAAAGUCGCAAUCAAGAAGAUCAUGCCCUUCGAUCACUCCAUGUUCUGCCUCCGUACCCUCCGAGAGCUCAAACUCCUCAAAUUCCUCAGCGAAGCAGGCGUUAGCGAAAACAUCAUCUCUAUCCUUGACAUCGUCAAGCCAUCGUCACUUGAGAGCUUCAAAGAGGUCUAUCUCAUUCAGGAACUGAUGGAGACUGACAUGCACCGCGUCAUCCGGACGCAGGACCUCUCGGACGACCACGCCCAGUACUUCGUUUAUCAGACUCUCCGCGCGCUCAAAGCCCUGCACUCGGCCGAUGUCAUCCACCGCGAUCUAAAACCCUCCAACUUGCUGCUCAACGCCAACUGCGACCUCAAGGUGUGCGACUUCGGCCUUGCGCGCUCCGUCAAGACCGCCGAGCCGUCGGGCACCGAGACGGGCUUCAUGACCGAAUACGUCGCGACGCGGUGGUACCGCGCGCCCGAGAUCAUGCUCACGUUCAAGCAGUAUACCAAAGCGAUCGAUGUCUGGUCUGUCGGAUGUAUUCUCGCCGAGAUGCUCUCGGGCAAGCCACUGUUCCCCGGACGGGACUACCAUCACCAGCUGACGCUCAUUUUGGACGUGCUCGGCACGCCGACACUGGAUGAGUUCUAUGCGAUCACGACGAGGCGGUCGCGCGAUUACAUCAGGGCGCUGCCGUUCCGCAAACGGAAACCAUUCGCGCAGAUUUUCCCCAAUUCGAAUCCGCUCGCGAUUGAUUUCUUGACGAAGGCACUGACGUUCGACCCCAAGAAGCGGAUGACUGUCGAGGAGGCUCUCGCCCACCCAUACCUGGAAGCUUACCACGAUCCCGACGAUGAACCCGUCGCUCCCCCUCUCGACCCCGAAUUCUUCGAGUUCGAUCUCCACAAAGACGACAUCAGCCGCGAGCAGCUCAAAGAGCUCCUCUACGAGGAGAUCAUGACUUUCCGCCCUGCCCCGAUGACCUAAACCGCCCAUCUGAGUCGCUUAACCCACGGACUACUCCCACUUCGCGCGAGCUUCUCUUCAUAUCUUUACCUCACCUUGUUUUCGCUUGGGUCUCGUCUCUCCUGCUUCUGUCAUUCGCUUUCCUGUUUAUCGCCUGUACCUAUAACGCUUCGCCAAUCGAUCAACCUUCAUCAGCUGUUGUAGUUUUCGCAAUUCUCCUCUCGGCGUACUGACGCAGAGGCUUUAAACUGUUGUUGCCAAAAGCCGCAUUAUAGAAACAUACUACAUCAUA